AGAAAACGAAUCCAAACAUUAUGCAUAAAUUCCACAUUUGCCCCAAUUUCCAACACAGCGGAGCCUUCGCAAAUCCCAAAAGAAUCUUUGCCAACCACUGCAACCUGAUCGUGAUCGGGGAAGAACGAAGGCCGAUGGGGAUAACCACCGCUGCCGCAGCCGACGGCGACUCGGAAUCAGCCACCCUUUUGAUCCCUAAAGCAGCUAACCCAGAUAAGAUUCCGAAAGACUCGUUUCACUUGGCCUACGUAAUAUACUUCACAUUGGGCGCAGGCUACCUCCUUCCGUGGAAUGCAUUCAUUACCGCUGUUGAUUACUUCACCUACCUUUACCCCGACGUGUCCGUCGAUCGGGUGUUCGCCAUAGUUUACAUGCUUGUGGGGCUCACGUCUUUGUUGUUCAUCGUUGCGUUUGCUCACAAAUCGAACUCCUUUGUGAGGAUUAAUGUGGGUUACGUGCUGUUUCUCGUGGCGAUUGUGGCGGUGCCGCUGAUGGAUCUUUGGUAUGUGAAGGGGAGAGUUGGGGUGUACGGUGGGUAUUAUGUGACGGUGGGGUUGGUGGGAUUGUGUGGAGUGGCUGAUGGGUUGGUGCAGGGUGGUGUUAUUGGAAAUGCUGGAGAGUUGCCUGAGAGGUAUAUGCAGGCUGUGGUUGCUGGAACUGCUGCUUCCGGUGUCCUGGUUUCAGUUUUACGGGUUUUAACCAAGUCUAUAUAUCCUCAAGAUACCAGUGGACUUAGACGAAGUGCGAAUCUUUACUUUAUUGUCAGCGUUGUAGUAAUGUUACUGAACAUUGUUUUCUAUAACGUGGCACAUAGACUUCCCGUUAUCAAAUACUAUAAUGAUCUGAAAAGUCUAGCUGUAAAUGAGGAGAAGGAACAGAAAGGUGAACUUACUGGGAAGCUAUGGAGAUCAACAUUAUGGGAGAUUGUUGGGGCUGUGAAAUGGUAUGGAGUAGGCAUCUCGAUCAUAUAUGUUGUGACAUUGAGUAUUUUUCCUGGGUCUGUUACAGAAGAUGUCCAUUCUGAUACUCUGAAGGACUGGUACCCGAUCAUUUUAAUUGCGGGUUACAAUGUUUUUGAUCUGAUCGGCAAGUCGUUAACUCCGCUGUAUCUUAUGGAGAAUGCCAAAGUUGCUAUUGGCGCCUCCUUUGGAAGGUUGUUGUUUCUACCUCUUUUCUAUGGUUGCUUGCAUGGUCCUGGCUUCUUCAGAACGGAGAUUCCAGUUACAGUCUUGACCUGUCUCCUAGGUCUUACAAACGGGUACUUUACCUGUGUUUUAAUGGUUUUGGCUCCCAAGACUGUCCAGUUACAACAUGCAGAGACUGCAGGAAUCGUGCUCGUGUUGUACUUAGUCGUUGGUCUGGCAAUUGGUUCUGUUGUAUCCUGGUUUUGGGUCUUAUAACUAUUGGGGAACUGGUGCAUCCAAAUUCCUUUCUGGGAAGUGAUAUCUCUUUGUCCCAGAUAGCGCAAGAUUGCCAAACAAGUAAUCUUUCACCUUAUUUGUUCGUAUCAUCCAGUUCCUCUGCACACCGUAACUGGAACAUUGUGCUGUAUUUGUAACUAGUGUUGCCCUGUGGAGGCUGUCCAGAUGUAUAAUGCUCCUUGUUGUUCAGUUGAUUUCCAGUUUUCUUCCAGCACAUGUAAACGCAGAAGAAUCUUGUGAAUAUGUAAUGGACAUCUAGGAAUUUCAUACAAGUUCCAAGUUUGUAUACUUGUAGUCAUGUUCACCUCAACUUUCAAUUUCUGCAUUUUCUUCGGAAGAUUUAUACACGGAAAUUGUAAAUUUA